UAAAAUUGGCCUUAAAGUUGGGCCUUGGUUGGGCCCCAUUCAUAAAGACGGAUCCCCGCGAAAAUCAAUCCUCCAAAAGGAAUCAAAAUCCCUUCCAUCUCCUUGCGCCUUGGAGGAAUUCAAGUCAGAUCUUCGUCGGAGGUGAUUCUUUUGCUCUCUCCUGUCUUUUUUUUUCCCUCUCUCCACAUUGUUAGACCUCCUAUUGGUUUCAUCGGCGCUAACAUUGAUAUACAAUCUAUUUCCCCUGUCGGAAUUUGGGGGUACAAUAUCAUCCAUCUCUCUCUCUCUCUCUCUCUCUCUCUCUCUCUCUUUUCUGAUUCCUGAUCUGGAUAUGGAAGAGCACUUGGCAAACUCUCCUCGGCUUGAUGGUAUCGAAGCUAGGUAUAUCUCUGGUCUGAGUACUAUAAUGGUUGCCACCAUCCAGGAAGCCAAAGACAGGAUUUCUCAGAUCGAGUACAUCUUCUGCAGCCAGUUAUUCCCAACUCUUCAAUCAAAUUCAAAACCCCUGAAAAUGGUUUAUUCCGAGGCUCGUAACGCGGCCGAGGAUUCCUGGAAAGAGACUGAAAAGGGUCUGUUAUGUGAGAUUGAAGAGCUUAAGCUGCAAAACCAACAGAUCUUGGCUGAGAAUCGGGCCCUAAAACUGGAGAAGGAAAAGCAAUCCCGAGAAUUUGAUUCAACUUCUAGCCUGCUUCUCAAGGUAAGAACCCAGCAUGAGAAAAUUGAGGAGUUAACUUUGGAGUUAAGUAAGAAAUCAAAGGAACCUGAUGAUGGGAUGGAGUUCUACAAUAGACUGGUACAGGUUGAGACUCCGGAUUUGCUCAAUAAAGAGAAGCAAUUAAAAGAUCACGAAAAGGAGAUUAAUAUGCUUCUUUCUCAAGUGAAGAGCCUGGAGAGAAAGACAGACUUUCUUCAAGAGGAACUUUCCAGGAAAUCCUUGGUGGCAGAGAAUCUGCUGAAGAAACUAGAAUCUCUGUCGGUAGAGUCCACAAACAGCGAGCACAAGCUAAGCUGUCUUGGAGAAGAGAAGGAAAGACUGAUUACCAGGUUGCAGAUUUUUGAGGAAAACGUCCGUAGACUAGAAGAGUUGUUAAGACAUAAAACUGACGAGCUUGAGGAUGGAAGGAAGAUUCUGGAAGGAUACCGUAAAAAACUCAAUUUGACUGAGAUAGAAUUGCUGGAGAAGAAACAACAGCUAGCUGAUGAUGAGAAAGAAAAGAAGUUGCUUUUGGAGAAAGUAAGAACCUUGGAGAAGGAAGCUAAUAAAAUGCAUAAACAGCUUGGAGAACGAGGUUGCAAGUUCCUUGGAGAAAGAGGGGAGUAUGAAGCUUUAUGUUGCCAGAAAGAAGAAAAAUCACCCGCGUUAGCUUUGGAGAGAAAGAGAAGAAAAGAGGCGUAUGAUGCUUACAAAAGGCUAAAAUCUCAAUAUAAUUUCCUCUGCAAGAGGUUCGGCCUUUCUGCUGACUCUGUUCUUCACCAAGAUCUUGAGGACUCUUUCCCCGAGAUGGAGGUGUCUUAUUUGCAUUUAAAUCUUAACCAGAUAGAAAGACUUUUCCAUUGCUUUUCUGGUACAGUUCCUGAAAAGAAAAACUCCGACACUUCUGGGCCUACUCGUGGAGCAGAGAUUGUGAGAAACAACAUUGCUUCAGAUGACAGUCGUGAGAAAGAGAGAAUAACCGAAACGGUUCAGGUGCUGGCUUCUUCUCCUCUCACCAUAAGCUUGCCUAGUGCUAAAAAUAGUCUAUCUGACGCAAAACCCGCAUCAAUAACUGGAUCUCAGCGUCCUGCUACAAGCUGGAGGGACACAAGGUCCCGUCAAUCCCCAGGUGUCUUGGAUCCUCAUGAUGAUUUUCUAGAUACUCCCUUUGAAAAUAUCAGGAAGGACUUGGUCAUAGUCAGGGGGGAAGAAUCCCAAGACCUUUCUGAUGGUAAGAAACAUGAUUCAGAUAAGGGGACACAGGACAUGAAUCCUAACACUAGUCCAACAAAAAAACGGAUUCAGGUAGUCGGAACGAGUAAAAGAGCUUUCAAGUACGUGACAGCUGUGAGGAAAAAAUCUGAAAGGGAAAACUUGAAAGGAAUAGAAUGCAAGCAGUGCAAGAAAUUCUAUGAUGCUGUUCUUCCAGAGAAUGAAGGGGAGGAGACUGGUGGCAACAAGAAAAGCUUCAGAUGCGAACACCACGAAGGAGUUUCGAGGCAUCGGUACAAACAUGCACCUCCAAUGACUCCUGAAGGGUUUUGGAACAUUGGGUUUGAGUCAGAAAUGUGAAUUUCCAUGGGUGUGGAGCUCCUCUUUCGGGUGCAUAUUGAAGUUCGUAGCUACAAAAGAUAAGUGCUGGGUGGCAUAACAAUGGAAAAAUCUGCUCAUCAAAGGGUCGUAUGAGCAAUAGAGGUCUGUUCAUUCAACAGCUAAUUUUAACUUUGAUUCCCUAGUUCAUUCAUGUAUGCAAAUUUCCAGAUUCAAACAGAUCUUUUGGGUCUGUUGUAA